AUGUCCUCCGAUCUUUCUGUCAUUCUCCCUCGCGUUCUAAUUGUUUCCAGACGAAGCGUUCGCAAGAACAAGUUUGUUGAUUUCGUGGGUGAAUAUCACCUUGAUCUUAUCGUGGGUUAUGGUGCCGUACCCGUGAUUGUUCCUCGUGUUUCUGGGGUUCAUAUGUUGUUGGAUAGCUUUGAGCCAAUCCAUGGUGUUCUUCUCUGCGAAGGAGAAGACAUUGAUCCUUCUUGGUACGAACAAGACUUAGACACAUCUGGUCUUUCCCAGGAGGAAUUGGAAGAGAUUAGAAGGCUUCAUGUGAGUGACACCGCCAUUGAUAAAGAGAAGGAUUCGAUUGAGUUGAGCCUCGCCAAGCUAUGCCUCGAAAGGAACAUUCCCUAUUUGGGGAUAUGUAGGGGAUCACAGAUCCUAAAUGUGGCAUGUGGGGGUACCCUAUACCAAGACAUAGGGAAAGAGCUUUCAAUUAAGUGCCAAGAGACCCAAAGGGUGAUGCACAUAAACUAUGAUGAUUAUGAUGGGCAUAGGCACGUGGUAAAAGUUGUUGAAGACACCCCUUUGCAUCAUUGGUUUGAGGAUUCUUUGGAAGAAGGGGAAAUGGAUAUUUGGGUUAAUAGCUAUCACCAUCAAGGGGUCAAGAGAUUAGCACAACGUUUUGUGCCAAUGGCUUUUGCCCCUGAUGGUUUGAUUGAAGGGUUUUAUGACCCAGAUGCUUAUAAUCCUGAAGAGGGUAAGUUCAUUAUGGGAUUGCAGUUUCACCCUGAGCGUAUGAGGAAGUCUGAUUCAGAUGAAUUUGAUUACCCAGGAUGCCCCUUUGCUUAUAAGGAAUUUGUAAAGGCAGUUGUUGCAUAUCAGAAAAAGUUGAAUAGCUUAACAUCUGUCCAAAAGCCUUUGAAACUUAAUAAGGAAAUGGAAAACAAAAGGAAGAUUAUAGUGCGUAGUUUCUCACUUGCAAAAAACCUAUACAACGCUGGCCGUGGUAUGAAUUCUACCAAAGAGUCUGAGCUUGAAGCUGGGGCACAAUUUCUUGAGUCAAACACGGCCUUGAGUGUGCAACAAGAGAAUAGAUUGAAGCAAAUGGGUGCAACGGUUAGGAAUGCAGGGUCUUAUAUAGAGAGAUUGAAGCUGAAUGAGGAUAGAGAAAAAGUGGCAAGAAAUGUGAUGGGGAAAAUGACUGUGGAACAAUUGUCUGAUCUAUUGUCUUUCUAUCAUACUAUGGGGCAGAUUUGUUCAGAAGUGUUAGAAAGAAAGAUACAUGGCUUUGUCAAUGACCUCAAUUCAUGA